AUGUCAAAAAAGGUGCUAUAUUCGGACGUACCCAGCGAAGCACCACGUGUUCCACAGAUGUAUCCGGAUUGUUGGCCAUUUGCCAAAGAAUCGACAAACCUUGAAGCGGCCAUUUGGGGCUGUGAGGUGCUAUUUCAUCCAGUAUACGCAUUUGGGACAGCCGGUAUUCGAGGAGCAAAAGAGCUCACCGCAACCUCGAUAGUCUAUUGGGACACAAGAGUUUGUCAGAAUCUCUUCGGCACAUCAAUCAUGUUCGGAGUCGGUACGAAAUAUGCAUCAACUCGAGCUAGAUCGCAGUUCGUGGACCUACUUGGCGAAGAUGAGCACUCGUAUGGACUGAAUCAGAAAGGCCUAGUGAGACACUGUGGUGUGGAAGUUGCAGUCUGCGAUCCGUUACCCUAUAGGGAUUGUGUCGUUGGCAUCCUCUUCGACGGUCCAGGCAGGAAAAUCAGCUUCUACCGUAAUGGCGAGUAUUUGUGCACUCCGUUCACAGAUAUAGAUGUUUCAGAAACGCUUUAUCCAAUGAUUUCCAGCACUGCCCAACAAUCACGAUUUAUUGUUGAAAACCAAUCCUGCCUGUAUGUGGCCCAUUCUCUUACUGAAGCCGCUCUUUUGAGAGUGCAUUCGAUAUCUGGUUCAUCGUAUGCUCAUCUGCCGUUACCUCGUACGCUUGUUCUACGUCUUGGACAAAUGGAAAGAAGGCGUAAUCGAGUUCGUCGCACACCGACGAAAACGCGUACUAUAGCCACUGUAGGCGUUUAUAGUUUUCGCAUUCCACGAUGCACAAUGGGCGUUGAAGAUGAUCAAUGA